AUGAUAAAAUCUUCGGAAUUUAUUAUUAAAAUUUUAUUUCGUUCAUUUUCAACAAAACAUAUAAAAUUUCGUUCAAUUUCACCACAAUUACGUUUUCUUAUGGAUACAAAAUGUGUAUAUGGUCCACAAAAAAUAAUUCGAGAAAAACGAUAUACAAAUUCUAGUGAAUAUGAUUUAUUCUAUGAAAAUACACAUAAAAAAAUAUUUGAACAAGAUACGGAAUUAUUAUAUGCUGGUCCUAAUGGAUUUCGUCGAGCUUGUAGUAUUGAAAAAGGUAUUCCAAUAACAGUACGUGAAAAAUAUUUACGUCAUUUAUUUCGUAUACCACGUGGUCAACGUGUUUCAUUAUAUCCACAAGCUUAUAUACCAAAUAAAUAUUUAGGUUUAAAAAGAAAAAAGAAAUUUGGUUAA